AUAAAGAAGGAAUAAAUGGCAUGAAAAACCCGCCGCCAGCAACCCCCCCGGCCACGCGCGACGGCCAUCCUCCGCCCAAAGAGCCUCAGAUCCUCCCCUUUUCACGCCCGAAAAAUACGCCCGAAACCCCACCAAACCCUUGAAUCAGCCUCGAUCCCCACCCACGCCCUUCAGCUGCGCCCGUGGGACCUCCCCAGCGCCACCCACGCCCUCGGGAACACGGAAAAGAGACACGUGAGGGGGAGGCGCCCGAAGGACAGGCAAGGAUAAAGAACAAGAAAACAAGAACAACAACAACAACAGGAACAGAACCUCCCCCCCAAACCCCCUCACGAGGAACCCUUAAAGAAAGAACCCGAAGGAGAACCCCAGAGGAGCAUCAGCCCCCCCCCCCCCCCCCCCCUCCCGGCCGAGAGUCACAUGACCUUGAGUCCCCCCGAUGGUCGCCUCGUGACUCGUGCCUCUCGUGCCAGAUACAUAUAUAGGGUGGUUCUGAAGGAGCGGCGCCUCACCCAUGGACAUGAUACAGACGGCGCUCGACACAAGUGGGGACAAGGACUGCGAGUGUGAGGACGACAAGGUUGCUCUCACGCAGCGCCUGGCCAUCGUGGAGGAGGACGGAGCAGUCCGCGAUAGCUCGUCCCCGAUUCUCGCCCAGUCUGGCUUCACCCUUCGCUCUGAUUCAGAGCACAGCGGAGCUGUGGCAUAUCGGGUGGUACAGUUCGGCACAGAUGGUGGCGUCGACGCGAUACCCCAGGGUGCAGUCCAGAACACAGUACCUAACUUGUUAACGGCCACGCAAAUGAACGGCUCUCCCAGUGACAACUCCGAGACCCGCUUAGCCCUGAUCACCUCGGGAGACGUCCCAACUGACGGCAAUAGUGCGGUCGUGGUUUCAGGAGGGCAAUUUUACGUCAUCAGCGAUGUUCUCACCAACACCGCCCCUCGCAGCCUCACGCCGAGAACAAGUGAGAGCAUGAUGAGCCAGCGCCUGACAGGGACCACCAGGGAGGAGAAGCGGAGAGUCACACACAAUGAAGUGGAGCGCAGAAGACGGGACAAGAUCAACAACUGGAUCUGCCGCCUGGCCAAGAUCAUCCCCGACUGCCCCGAUGCACACCCCAAGAGUGCACAGAGCAAAGGGGGCAUCCUGGCCAAGGCGUGUGACUACAUAUCUGAGCUGAGACUGCAGAAUGAGCAGCUGAUGGAGCGGCUGAAGGAGGUGCAGCGGCGAGACAUGGACUUCGAGUUGCUCAAGCAGGAGGUGGAGGUGCUCAAGAAUGAGAACGCAGCUUUGAAGAACGAGAACGCGCUGGUGCGGUCGCAGCUGCAGCAGCAGGGCCUCCUGGCUGAGCUGCCCCCAUAACUCAGGCAAACCGCAAGGCACAGCCAGUGGACUCGCGCCUGCAAGCACUCUGGCGGCUCCUUUGUGGAUAGAUAAUUUAUAUACAUAUAAAAAAAAAAGUAAUAAAAAAAUGAGAUAUUUGUAAAUUGUGAUACGAAAAUUAUAUAUACGUGAAAAGCCUGAGAUGUUCAUUGAGUUGGGCCUUAGUGUGGACAAACCUUUAUGUUGUAAAGAAGGAAAGCAAGGAGCUGUUGUUGAUAACCUCUUGCAAUCAACUGCUGGUGUUGUUGCAAAGAGUGAGGCAUGCACCACUGCAGGGAGGAAUGGCCUGCUUUGUAUUAGAUGAUCUGACAGCCCUGAUAUAAAGGAGUAAAAAAAAGGAAAUGGUUAUUGUAGAUAAUCUAUUGUUAAUUUUUAGGAAAAUUUGUAAAGUAAGAGGGGACUUUUUUUUUUUUUUUUUUUUUUUUAAGUCAUUGCAGUUUAGGCCCUUCCUAUUUUGUAAUGGAGAAAGUGAUUUUUUCUUCUUUUUUAUCUUUUAUAUAUCUGUGAAUGUUCUACUUGUAGUUUGAUAGCACUUGUUUUAGUAUAAAAGGCGAAUUGGUUUUGUCUUGUAUGAUCAUUCUUUCAGAUUUUUUUCUUUCUUCAAAAAAAGGAUUUAGCUACUUCUUAAAAGACUUUUUUGCUUUUAGAACAGAUGCUUGACUUUGAAAAUUCAGGAAGACAAAAUCAUUAGGGUUAAAUGUCUCUUUUUACAGACAAAACUUGCUGUGUAUAUAUAAUGAAAGAGUAAAGAAAAGAAAAAAUAUUAUUGUGGAUUUUUGUCAGUUCAAGCUGAAAUCUUCUUUAAAGAGGUACAAAGUGAAUGUUUUUCUUUAUUUCUUCUGCUGCAAUCCUUUACUAAAAUGUAAGUAAGAAUUUUGCCUUUUCUGUGUUAUUUUUAUUAUCUAUUUAUUUAUUUUUUAUUAUUAUUAUUAUUAUCUUCAUCAUCAUCAUCAUUAUCAUCAUCAGUCAUAAUCAUUAUUCAUCAUCGUCAUCAUCUUGUAUGAUAUAUUUUUUGUUGAUUAUUAUGAUUAUGAUGAAUAUGAAGAUCAGUCACUAGGAGUCACUCAUCAUCAUUAAUCAGCAACAUUGCAAUUGUCAUUAUAAUCAUCAGUAUCAUCGCAUAUAUUUUUGUUUAUAUUUUGGUUAUUAUAUAUUAAUGAUAGUUUUUUUUUUUUUAGUUUUGUUUUUCAUGUUUUUUUUACAUUUUCCACUCGUUUUCUCAUCUUUUGGUAUAAUUUUCUUAUGAUUAAUAAGAUUGUCGAUCAUGCUGUUAUUUCCACCACUGUUUUCUUUGCUUUUUUUCUUUUGGAAAGGUAUUGGGUAUUGUUAUAAUUCCAUCUCUCUUUCUCCACUUCACCCUCUCCCUGCCUUGUGAACAACAAUGGAUCUCUGAAUGUUAGGUUUUCCCUCUUUAUUGGAGUUGUUUUUUGUUAAUGAUUAUGUUGGGAGCUGGUCUUUCCUGGAAUCUUUGUCGUGAAAAAGGGAAAAAGGAAGAAACUAUUUUCUUUUUUUUUAGUAUAUAUAUUAUUUUUACACUUGCAGAAAUAGUUUUUGGAGGGCCUUCAAACGAUAACUAAAAACGAGAAAAGAAAUGAUAUUUGAAAAGACCUUCAUAGCCAUAUUCUUAGUCUUUUUGUACCUGUCUCGCACGUUUCUCGAUUACGGCUUUGGAAUCCUAAAAUGCACACCCACCUUUCACUGUCUAUUAUUUGUUGACAGAGUUCGUUUAUUUGAAAAUAGAUUUGGGAAGGUAUACUGCCCGAGAGCUCUCCCUGGAAUUCCUAAUGGAUGAUUUUUUUUCAAGUUUCAACAACUACAAGUAUUUAAUCUAUUAAUCGCAGUCACUAAUGAACCCCCAAAGCAUGUUUUAGUUAAAAUCCUUUUAUGGCUACAUUUUUCUUGUGGUUACUAUGUUUGAACUACAUUAUUAUUAUCAUGCUGAAAUAUUACUAUCUAUCCAGCCUUUGCAAUUAAGAAAUCAUAAUCAACUUUAUAUGAUGUGGUAUUUUCCAUUUUAAACUUUCUUCAUUAAGGAAUGCAAAAAUACCCAGGCAAUACACAUGAGCUGGAGAUAAAGGAGUCUACAGUCCUUGCGGAAUUUUUGAAUAGUUGAAUGUAUUUGUUUAUGUUAGGAACACAGAACUUCUUUGUAGAUUUAAGCUCUUGAGAGUGACUUCAAUCAGAUCAUGAACAUUGCUCAUCGUGACAUGCAGAAAAAGUAUGAAUAAGAGUGAAUGUCUUUUGCACUGUGAAGAUAUUCAUCCUUUUUGUCCCUCUUUUACAGGAAAAGAGACUUUCGUAUGUGACCUUGUCAUUCCAGUAUUUGGGCUUAAGUGCAAUCUUCCCUAAGGCACACUGACUACGAAUAUGGCGAUUAGAGCGAAUGUGUCGGAGAAUGAGAUGGGGAGGGAAUUCUGUUUGUGGAAAUAGUUCUGCACUGAAACUAGAACAUUGUUGUAUGGCAUAUUUUUUUUUAUGUCAAGUAGAACUAUUAUAUUAAAAUAUUAAUUCAUGGAAGUGUGACUUCACAAGAUUUUUUUUUUUCUUUUUGAGGGGUAGGGGGGUCCUGUUCCAAGAAGUACAAAGCAAAAGGGGGAAUUUUCUUUCCACAGUUUAAGAUGCAGAUCAGAAAGUGCAUGGUACUUCUUUUGAAAUCAUGUCAGUAAUUAUUGAGAGAGAAAAAGUUGGAUUUACAGUUUCUAAGAUUUUUAGAUUUUUUGUUUUUGUAAGCAGAAUUUCUUUCAGAGAAUUCUAACAAACCAUAACUUGCAUGUAUGGUUAUAUAUAUUUAUAUGCAUACACUGACACACACAAUCAUAUAUAUCUAUCUCCUUUUCUGGCCUUCUCUUCUGGAUCAGUAUUUUAAGAUUUCACAUUUGCAUAGUUUUCUCAGAAUAAUACAGAAGUAAGAAAGGGUGCCAUACUGUACUCUGCUCUGUACAUUGUAUAUAAUGUUGUAAUUACUUCAUUGCAUAGUAGUCUAGAUUCAUCAUGUAAAAUCACAUGUUAAAACAACCGUUGUGAGUACACACUUGGUAACACCCAGGAAAUUUAAAUAAUUAGUUUUUAUAAGAUUGUAUAUAAUAUUUUUAGGCAGGUCUUCUAGGAGAACAUCCUUAAUUAAGAAAUAUAUAUAUAUAUAUACAUAUAGGUGAGGUGAUGAUAAUGGUAAAGAAGACGAGAGAACUGUAAAAUACAACAGACCUUGAAUACCAAACACAAAAGACAAAACUACUAACAGCAGGAGCCAUAGACACAUGCAAGCUUUGUGUAUGAUGUUCUGUUUUACUGUUAUUGAUUUUCUUUUCUCGGGGGGAAGGCAUUGGUUAUUUAAGUAGGAUAUGAGAGGGCAGGAAAUUUCAGCUCCACUUCCUUCAAAAGGCAAAAUGUUUUGGGCUGGUUGAGGAUAUUUGAUUUUGCCCUUCAGAAAUUUAGGUUAUACUUAUUUGUGUAUUUAUUGUUUUAAUUCAAAAAUAUGUGAAAAAAUAGUAAUUGUCAGGAAAAUAGAUCCUUUUUCAUCCAUUGUACUAGAUCUUAAGGCCCCAUAAAGAUGAAUGGGCAGUGCCCAUUGGGAAAUGGCUGGUGAGUGGAUAUUUCACGCUUGUUUAGCAAUGUUACCAGGUCAACCAGUCAGCGGCCAUCAGCUACCACCGGGCACACCUGUGUUGUCUACACGGGAGUAUAGAGCAUAUGGCAGACAGAGCUGUGGUGUAGUGACCCUAGUGGAUGUCCAGUAAAUGUUGGGCAGCAGACUGCACUCUUGCCUACCAAUCACACUCUAAAUGUUGGUUUGAUGAGGUUACAGUGUUUGCCCAACAGGCACUCCUGUUUGUCUGGAUGGAGCCCAAGGCUGUAGUUACACAAAUGACAAAAAUACAUUGUACUAAAGAUUAACCAGGAUCAAAGAGAUACAGCAUCUAUCUACAAAUAGUAAACUAAAGUACAAGUUUGUCAGUAUGUAAUUUGGCAAAAAAUAAUUAAGGAAACUUUAUCAAAUUGAUUAUAAAUAAAGAGAAUUAUGAUAAAAAUCUUUUGGAGGAAGCAGAGACUGAACAGAUAGAUCUGCAGGAACCUUGUAGGUUAUACCCUGUUAAAGGCAAAUAUGAUGUACUAUUACUAAAA